AUACCAUAAAUUGGGGUUGUGAAUUAAGCAACAAACAGCUUUUUUGCUUCUUUCUUUCUCUGUCUCUCUCACACACACACAUCACAUUUGUAUGAUUGUAUCUAUCUAUCUUUCCUUUUUAGCUCUAGUAGUCCUUUUGCAACCAGCAAAAUCUUCUCUGAAAUUUUUCUAUAUUUGAUUUUAACUUCUAGGUGUUUCCCUCUUCAAUCUUCUGUUGAUUUGUGUGUGUGUUGAUCUAAGGAGAUGGUGAGAGGGAAAACACAGAUGAGGCGUAUAGAGAACGCCACGAGCAGGCAAGUCACUUUCUCUAAGCGUAGAAAUGGGCUGCUCAAAAAAGCUUUUGAGCUUUCAGUUCUGUGUGAUGCUGAAGUCGGAUUGAUUAUUUUUUCUCCAAGAGGAAAGCUCUAUGAAUUUGCCAGCUCUAGCAUACCGGAGGUACUCGACCGCUAUAAGAGACAUACUAAAGACAAAGUUCAACCUGAUCAAAUUCAAUCUGUCGAAGACAUCCAGCAUACGAAGCAAGAGACAGCAAGUUUGAUGAAGAAGAUAGAGCUCCUUGAAUCAUCUAAAAGGAAACUCUUGGGAGAUGGUUUAGGGUCGUGCAGCCUUGAAGAAGUGAAACAAAUAGAGAAACAAUUGGAGCAGAGUGUCGGCAUUAUUAGGGCUCGAAAGAUGCAAGUCUAUAGGGAACAAAUGGAAAGAUUGAAAGAAAAGGAGAAAACCCUUUUAGCUGAAAAUGUGAUGCUGAGGGAGAAGUUCGAAGGGCUUGAAGAUAGAAGAAAAUCAAGCAGACAGACGGAAGAUGUAAUAUGUAUUUCUGGUGGUGGUAGCGAUAAAUCAGAUGUAGAGACUGAAUUGUUUAUCGGACCACCUCAUGACUCCAGAAUAACGCGUCCCUUGCUCAAUUGAUCCUAUGUGUAUACCUGAUCAAUUAUCCCCUUUUUUGCAGUUUAAUUAAGAACAAAUUUAAAUUUUGAGCAAUUAUCAAAUACUUACUACUAACUAAUUAAUAUUCUCAUAUGCUAAAUGAUUUUGGUGUAUGAGUGGCUUUCUCUUUAAGAUGGAAUUUUACUUUGAUCC